AUGCCUCUUCGUCACUCGCCAGAGGUAUGUACUCAGUGUUUUUCUGCAUGCCAGAAGGCCGUGACAUUGCAUCCACGUCUCCAUGUUGUGCUCCAGGUCGGUGGCGAAAGACGAAGUCGUAGUCUUGCAACAUCCCUGACCAUCUAUUGAGCUUGCGGUUACUUCCUUCCGCGUGUUUCAACGCUCUCAACGCGUGAUGGUCAGAUACCAACUCAAAUCGCCGUCCAAACAGGUAGGGACGGAAAUAGCGCACGAAGACAAAGAUGGCGAACGCUUCUCUCUCUGUGGCCGACCACUUGCGCUCAGGAACGGCAAGGACGCGGCUCACGCAAUGGAUCGGUCUUUCGUGCCCUUUGUCGUCUCGCUGGCAGAGGAUUGCUCCAAUCGCAUAGUCACUCGCGUCUGUCUUGAGCACGAAUGGCUUCGAAAAGUCAGGCAACACCAGCACAGGUGCUUCCGUCAGCAGUGCAUCUCGCUGGGCGUCGCCCCACUCAAAUGGCACGUCUUUCUUCGUAAGGUCAGUGAGUGGUCGAGCCAGCUUAGCGUAGCCAUGCACAAAUCGCUUGUAAAACUGCAGACCCCCAAGGACACUGCGCAGCUCUUUUUGGUUCGUUGGUUCAGGCUGGUUGA